AUGAGUUCUUCCUUCGCCUUGGAGUUGACUGAGUUGGCCGCGCGGCGUCCGGGUUUCCAGCUGUCUGCGCCCCAGAAGCUGGCGGCUCCCGGGGUCUCUGUCCACGCCCGCGGCAGGGACCGAGCCAGCCGCGCCCGGGGAGCCCAGGCUCCGGGGCGCCCGUCCGGCCUCAGUUGGGGACCAAGGCGCGUAGUCCCCGGCAGAGGCGCCAGGUCUCCGGGCUUCCUGCACUCCGCCCGCUGUCCCGUCUGCCUCUUCAUGGCGUCUCGUCAGCAGACCAGGAUCCAGGCUUACCUGGAGAGGAACAAGAUCGGUCCUCUGUUUGAGGAAUUAAUGACCAAGUUAAUUACUGAGACACCUGACCAGCCAAUCCCAUUUCUCAUCGACCAUCUGCAGUCUAAACAAGGAAACCGCGAACAACUACAGAGAACUUUGUCUGGGUCUGCAGCUCUCUGGGCAGAAAGUGAAACAUCAGAUACUAAAGGAUCAAGGAGAGAUUUCAGAAGCUAUGAUAAACCUUGGCAAUUAAAUGCAAAGAAGCCAAAAAAGUCCAAAAGUGACCUUGCCGUGUCUAGUAUUUCACCCCCCUCACUGGACUCCAAAUCAUUGCCAAGGUCAGUAGAGCAUCCUAGAUGGAACUGGCGGACUAACACAGAAAGCCGUGAUUUUGAUGAAUUGAACCACAUCCUUCAAGAGAGCAAGAAGCUGGGGAAAGCCCUUGAGAAUCUCUCUCGGAGUAUUGCAAUUUCAGAUGAACUUGAUAAGGAAACAGUGGCUUUUAAUUCUUCUCUUCUGAGGCCUCGUGUUAUUGGAGAAUGGAUUGGUAGAGAAGAAAAUGAUGCUGAUCCACUAGCUGCUGAAAUGCUGCAGCCCCCAGUUCCAAGAAGUAAAAAUGAUCAAUGGGAAAGUGAAGAUAGUGGUUCUAGCACUGCAGGAAGUUUAAAGAUGGAACCCAAGACUAAAGGAUUAAAACAGCAGCAGCAACAGCACAAGAAACUUCUGGCAGCAAUGCUGUCCCAAGAUUCCUUCGACUCCAGCCAGAGUCCCACCCCAUCUGUAACAGAGGAAGAUAUUGAUAAUGAAGAUGAUGCGAUGGAGUUGCUGGGUAAUUUUAAAAAUUAAUCAUUUCUCAUUUUUCUUCUUUAGCAUUGUAAAAGUAUGUGGUGAUUAAGAGAUUUCAAAGUUUUUUAAUCAUUUUGUCUUUAGGAAAAGAAAUCAUUAAACAUAUACUUUCUUACCUGAGACUUUUAUGAAUUUGCAUGUAAGACCUAAACUGAAGUAAUCAAGCAUGCGAAAUACUUUUUAGACUAUAAUUUGUGCUCUGUGGAUGCAGCACUUUCCCUUCAGGACUUAAUCAAGCUUUACUGUGUGAAAUUGUGAUAAGAGUUCCAGUGUAUCUGCUUUAUGCUCUGAUUAGAAUUGCACACCUACUGUCUAUAAAACAUACCCAGAGUGCAUUCUCUAGUCCUCAUCCCAAUAUGUUAUUUUAAAGAUGUUUUAGAAAAAUAGUAUCAAGUUCAAAGAAGCAGAUAGUAAAUUAAUACCCUAUGUCUUUCAUAAAUGAUGGG